AUGUCACGAGCUGGGGUACCUCAAGCCACAAUACUUCGACGAUGCCUUGAAUUUCAUGAGGAGGAUCCGAAUCGAAAGGCUUUCAUUCCAUCCGAAGAUGAACAGAAUCCAAUCAGUUUCAAACAACUCUAUGACUAUUCAACGGCUCUUUCAUCAUGGUUCAUUGAAAAUGGAUUUCAGAAGGGCGAUGUUAUUUUAUUGUACAUGACAAACUGUUGGCAGUUUGUUGCUUGCUGCCUUGGAGCAUGGUCUGCUGGACUGAUCGUAUCUCCUGCUAGCAGCUCGUUUACUGAAUAUGGCAAUGACGUACUCGAUCUCAUGAAGAUUUUCUCUACUCGACGUCCCACUCCCCAAGCACCAGUAAGGAUCGAUAUGGAACGGGACCUAGUCUGCCUACCGUAUUCAAGUGGUACAAGUGGAGUGCCAAAAGGUGUAAUGAUAUCACAUAAAAACUAUGCAAUGAUGUUGUCAGCAUUCGUUAGGAAACAGGACGAUGAUUACAAAUCGCUGGGUUUCGAGAAAUACGUCCCACCUACACAUGCCCUUGCUCAUCUUCCCUUCUAUCACGUCAUGGGAUUGUUCGGAAUGUUAGUUGCAUUAUAUCAUGGCACUACACAGAUUAUUAUGGACAAGUUCGACCUGAAGACACUUCUUCGACAUAUCCAGAAUUACAAGUUGACAACGGUGGCUGUGGUACCGGCUAUGGCUCUGAUGAUAGCUGACUCACCUCUGCUCGACGAAUAUGAUCUCUCCUCACUGAAGAUAAUCGCGUGCGGUGCUGCACCACUGGGUACGGCAAUCGUUGAUCGUCUUUUGGAACGUCUACCGGGCAUUAUUUUCCGACAAGGAUAUGGUAUGACCGAGCUGUCCGUUGCGUCACAUAUCGGCUCACUUGACACACCUGAAGGUAGCGUUGGUAAACUGAUGCCCGGGACGAAAAUGAAGGUGGUGGCAGAGGAUGGACGACUUUGUGGACCUUACGAGAACGGUGAAAUGUGGAUCAGCGGCCCUCAAGUGAUGAUAGGUUAUUGGAACAGGCCGGACCAAACAAAAGAAACUUACGAUAGCGAUGGAUUCAUGCGAACAGGUGAUAUCGUCUACUACGAUAAAGAUGGGUUUACGUUCAUUUGUGAUCGACAAAAGGAACUAAUAAAAGUCAAUGGGAAACAGGUGUCACCAUCCGAAAUCGAAUCCGUUCUGUUGGCUAUUCCGGGCAUUACUGAUUGCUGUGUGAUUGGCAUACCCGACGAGAAGUUUGGAGAGAUCCCGAUGGCAUACGUCAUCUCAAAAGUCGUCACUGAAGAGCAAAUAUCAGCAUUUGUCAAUGAACGACUGGCAUCGUACAAACGUUUACGAGGAGGAGUGAAAUUUGUCGACGAAAUUCCUCGAACAUCUACUGGUAAACUGCUUCGGAGAGAGUUGAAGGAUCGACACCUCAAAUUGAUGGAGAAACGAUACCGUAGUCGAAUUUAG